AAUAAUGGUGCAGGAUACACAAUUAGGUGAUGGCAUCUAAGUUCGUAAUAGUUUUCCAUGUUUAUGGGUUCUUUCAAUCAAUAUCAGCACUUGUGUUGUAUCAUAACUUUGUGGAAACAGCUCGACCUUCAAAGUUUGGUGGUCCAUGGAGAUUCCUUACUUAUAUAAAUAUGAAUAUUCAAGCUGCUUUAUUUACCUUAUGUGUUCUAACUGAUGUGGCUUAUAUUAUCAAUGCAAAGUCAAUUGGCUUCAAAUUGCUAAAGUUAAGAGACAACUUGUUUUCCGCAGUGGCUUUCCCUUGCUGUUUGAUGGUAUUCACGACUUUCUGGGCAAUUUUCUUGAUAGACAGAGAACUUGUGUAUCCAGCACAUUUAGAUAAAAUUAUUCCAGUAUGGAUGAAUCAUGUAAUGCACACCUCGAUCCUAAUAACUGUGGUUGAAUUAUUUUGUACCAAGCAUUUGUAUCCACGUCGUGUGUAUGGAAUAACUGUGAGCUCUCUGUAUUUAUGCUUUUUAAACUAAAGAAAUUUGUAGGAGUAAUUUUUAUUUUACAUUGUAUGCAAGAAAUUAAUAAAGAAUUCGUAAUCACAUUUUA